AAAUUGUUGUUUUAGAGGCAGGUUUGAACAACAAAUCUAAAAAUUUGUCCCCAUGAUAAAAGAGAACUUUAUUAUAGGAUGGAGGUAUAUUUCAGAGAAGUAAUCUUGACUUACCCAUUAAAAGAAUGCAUAAAUCUGUGUUCUUCUCCCGUAAAGGCGUGUUAAUAUCAAUUUUGUUUAUUUAAACACGGCGAAAGUAGUGCCGAGUACUUACAAAAACAACAAUUUCCUGUUGUACACUUGUACUUCGUUGUUUAUUGCAAUUGGACAAAAUUAAUACGGAGUACUCUUCACUUACUUUCCUCACUGUUGUUACGGCUUCUCCCGGCUCCCGGAGUAUCUCUCCGAUGACACCACUCCUACCGCCGGAAACGCCGCCGUUAUUCGGUCUUCCUCAAUUUCAAGGAAUUGGCUGUGUACGUUGUUGAAUUUCAUUCAAUUGGGUAUUAUAAAGGGAAACUGGAACAUUGUUGGUUUUCGAGGAUUAUAUAGCUUUGUAAUCCUUUGGUUUGUAAUGGGAGGGUGACAAGAAAAGGGAGGAGAAAAGAGGAAGGAUUUAGACAAGAAAGGGUAGGAGAAAAGAGGCAGGAUUAGACAAGAAAAGGGAGGAGAAAAGAGGCAGGAUUUAGCCAUGGAUAUGGCUAUAUUUGAAGGAUCAGAUCUUUUAUUAGACAUGGAAACAAACUCAUAUAAUAAAAAAAGACAGAGGGGUGAAUCCUUUGUUACUGCUCAAGAUAAUAAAGCUGAUGAAGAUUACAUUUCAUUUUUGGAAAGUUUACACCAGUUUUGGGAAGCGAAAUUUGUGGAGGAUGACGAUGUUGAUCCAACAUAUAUGGAAUUCUUGGGAAACUUGAAGGAAUACGGAAACGCGUAUAUCUGUGAUGUGUCGAUAGAAAACGGUGUAUUGUUCCCGAUCUAUUAUGAAGAUGAGAAGGAGUCGCCUACUCUGAUGAAAAGGAAAAGUCCACAACCUCGUAGUGGUACUGUUAUUCAUGAGAAAAGGACCUUACAUCGGGAUGUCGGUUUAAAAUCAACUCGGAAAAAUUCCGGUGUAGAGGAUAAUUCAGAUGCGGCUGAAAAUCCAAAAUCUGGUCGGAAAAAUUCCCAAGCUGGGAAUGUCUAUUCUGAUGGAUUCAAGAGGAAAACUCCUAUAUCUCGCAGGGGUGAUUGUGCUAGGGAGAAUAGGAGCUUAUACGUUGAUCGUGAUCAGAAGAGUUCUGAUUCCAGGAAUGAUUAUCAUGAUGGGAUCAAGAGGAAAACUCCACAUUCUCGCUGGGUUGGUCAUCUUGAGGAGAAUAGUAGUUUAGACAUGGAUAGUGAUCAGAACAAUUCUGAUUCUGAGAAUGUCCGUCCUUAUGGAAUCAAGAGGAAAACUCCACAUUCUAGCAAGGUCGAUUGUGUUAGGGAGAAUUGGAACUUAGACGUGGAUAGUGAUCAGAUAUUAGGUCCAAAAUAUUCUAGAUCUGGGAAGAUGUCUAUAAUAGUUGAUGAAACUUAUGAAAAGUUCUUGAAUAGUCUCCACAUCACUGAAGACUCUGUGAUCUAUGAAUAUGGAAACCAACAGCGAAUCUUUUAUGAACCCAAUGAUCAGCAGAGAACUGGUGUUAGAAUUAAGAGAGAUACAAGACCACCAUCAUCAACUCUUAAACCUACAGCGCCAAUUCCAGGACCACAAACUCCACCUUCUAGAGCAAAAAUUACAUCACAAAAGAAAUCAACUCCAACAGAUAGCCUUAAUACACUGAGCACGUCUAACGAGAUGUGCAAAAAGGGGAAGAUACAACGAGAAAAUUCUUCCUGUUACUGGAAGAAAGAGUUACAUGGUUACCUAAGAAAACCCUAUGAGAGAAAGGAGUAUGACGAGCUUUGGGCGGAAUUGGAUGCUAAAAAGCCUGUGUCAAUUUAUAGGGACUCCCGUAGCGGUGGAUCUUACAGGCCGGGACAUAUGGGCAAAUCUUUGCUUGAAAAAUUUCCUGAUCUGCAACUUGAAAUAGAAAAGGUGCAACCCAAUCGCCCCAAGGUCUUGAAUCUCCUACGAAUGUGUAGGUUUUAUUUGCAGAAAAUUCCUUCAAUUCCCAUUGGAGUUUGUGAGCCUUGGAAGGAUGACUUGACUAAGAAAAUUUUGCCCAGAUCGUCCUAAAUGACUAUAAAAUGAUCCCGCUUGACUGUGGUUGUGCGGCAUGUCAUGGUUUAUUUUGUAAAAAGUCUCGUGUCUAAUUCUGAUUUUUGCUCCAGUGAACCAUAUAUUAGUGAAUCAUCUGGCUCAUUGAAGCUUCCUUUUUGUAUUGUAGCAAAACAAGUUUCAAUGUGUAGCAAUAAUACGGUUAUAUCUUAUUACAUACCUGUUUCUGGCUUCAAUCA